ACCAUCCAACCAAUGCCAGAGGUGGCUUUCUUUCCACAACCUACAUACGUGCCUCCGACCCUUGUUAUGCAAAACGUCCUGUUUCCCCAACUUCCAAUCUUUCCUUCAGUUCCCCCCAAGAUCUCAUCUCCAUCACUUAGUUGCAUAAGGAAUAAAAUGACAGCAACUUUGCCCUAUGCCCAAAUAGACUCUAUUAAAGUCAAAGAUACGAAGACAAAUACUUGGAUCUCCAUUGCUGCUGUUUCAUCAGCAUGUAAUUACAAAAUCAUCUCCAGAGGUGGUGCUGUUGUGCUCUCGUCUCCACUGCCUGCCUGCCAUACACAACAAAUGUCCUCCUCCAUGAUCUCUCUAUAUGUAAGGUUCUGGGAUUCCUCAUUGCUGCGAGCCAGGACCCUACAGCUUCAAUGUCGGUACCUUGGAGAUGUAGAGACGCAAUCUCCUGUUCUUUAUGGUACACCCAAACCUUUGUCCCAUUAUCCUGCUGGACCAACCCCUGAAGAAGUUCAGGUGUUUUGUUCUAGCCAACAUAUGAGUGUCAGAGUGCCACCUGGACCAACAUCUGGCCUCGCUGUAGAAGCACCCUCCAGUGGGAUUAAUACACAAACGAGAGCCGUGCCUCUUUUAGAAGCCCCAAGUCAUUGUGGGUACUCUUUGCAAAGAAACAGAGAAGGUGCCAUAAACAUCCAUCUGCCUUUUUCUUCCUGUCACAUGACUCAGCAGGAUGGGCAGCACAAAAUAAUAUUACAAUAUCAGACAUCGGAUGGACGCACGUUUGAGGCCUUGCUGUCGUGUCAAGCUUCGGUCAGUCAGGAGUGCAACGUUGCCAUUGACCAACAGCUGGUCUGUGGUUCUGGAGCUUUAUCUUCAACAGAGUGCUAUGACAAAGGUUGCUGUUUUUCGUUAGAUACCCAGCUCUGUUUUUAUCCCAUGGAUGAAUGCACAGUGGAUCGCCAUUUUGUUUUCUCGGUUCACUCCUCCCUCACAAAUCCGCCCUUUUCGCCAGCCACCCUCGUCACUGCUGGAAACAGCUCUUGCUCACCGCACAAAGUUACUGCUGACUUUGCCUUGUUCAAGAUACCUCUGGAUGAAUGUGGUGUCCACAGAUAUGAGGUGGGCAAAACCGUGAUCUACAUGGUAGAGAUCCUGAAUAGACUGCAGUCCGUCAGUUUAAAUUAUGGCACCAUUACCAGAGACUCACCUGUAAGGUUAUUGGUUGAGUGUCGGUAUUUUCCUGGCUCUGUGGUAAGUCUGGGAUACCUGGUGAAAAGUCCUUCCCUCGGACCUUCUAUCAAAGCUCAGGGGGUAUUCGGGGUUCAGCUCAGGAUUGCAAAAGACGAACACUACAACGACUUUUACCCACAAUACCACCAGCCCCUGCGUAUGCUGCUGGGGAAACCCCUUUACCUGGAAGUGCGUUUGCUAAAUCCUCCAGACCCCACUGCUAUGCUGUUGGUGCAUUACUGCAUUGCCUAUCCACGCUCUGCAAAAUCUGCAUGGAUCCUUAUCUAUGAUGGGUGCCCAAAUUCUCUUGACAAGGCUCCAACACACAAGCCACCUGCCACCCCUGCAGAAACUCUGAUCAAUCACGCUCGGCGAUUCACCAUCACUACUUUUCAGUUCCUGCAUGACCAAGACGUCUUACAAACAGAUGAGGAGAUUUAUUUUAUGUGUUCAACUGAGGUUUGCCUGCCCUCAGAUGGUCCAUGUAUUGAGGGCUGCUUUGAAGAUCCUGCUAAUGUGAAGUCUUGAGAGAAGACUAUUCAUUUCUGACACGCAGUGCACAGUGGCACUUCAGCAAAUACAAACAAUAAAACUGUAAAACACUGUCAUAUUUCAGUAAUACUUGAUCAUAAUGUCUCGUCUCACAGUAAUAACUGU